AUGAUGUCCCAGUCUCUGCGAGCCUCGCGCUCCGUCCUCUCCCGUGCCUCUCGGCAACAGGCCUCGAUCGCUCGCCGCAGCUUCCUGACCUCCGCUGUCCGUCGGGCCGACCCCGUUCAGGAGUUGUACCUUCGCGAACUCAAGGCCUACAAGCCCACCCCCAUCAAGGCCGGUGACGCCGACGCCCACGUCCACAAGUUCACCGUUCCCCAGGCCCCCCAGUCCCCCGAGGAGGCCAACCUCGCCAGCGAGCUGUCCGCCUACGAGAGCCAGCAGGUUGAGGUCGAGGGUCAGGCCGCCGCCGGCGAGGCCACCCCCGUUGAGGAGAGCUGGUUUGAGGAGGAUGAGGAGGAGGCUCCAGCUGCCCACUAG